AUGAGUGAAGAGAGAGAAACCAGCAAGGAAGCGAGAGAUGCUACGACGGAGGAGGAAGAUCUUCUCCAUCGAAGCACAAAAAAACCUAAAGGCCCUGCUAUGGAAGAUCAACCUAUGGAUGAUCACAUAGCAGAGGAGGAUAUCCAGGUGAAUGUGACUAGCAACGGGGAAAAAAAGAAGGAAGAGUCAGGUGAUUCAUCUAACAGGAAGUUGGUGUCAUAUAAAGAUUCUCUUCUUGGUUUUAAUGGAGGACCCCAUGUUGCUGAUAGCGAUGAGGAAGAUUGGGUAGAAAAACUACGUAAGGAAGAGGACGAAGAAGAAGGGGAUGAGGUCUUUGUUACGGUUGAUGGUGAGGAGGAUCCUCUUUGCCCAACGUACUCUUUUCCAAAAGCCUUGCAUUUAGAAGGUUGCAGACCUUGGAGACAGGCAGUGAUUGUGAAACUUCUGGGGAAGAAAGUUGGAGUUAGAUUCUUACUCAAUCGUUUACUGAGAAUGUGGAAUAUCUCAGGCACAUAUGAGUUCAUUGAUCUAGAGAAUGACUACUUUUUGUUUCGAUUUUCAAAUAAGAAUGAUUACUCUCAUGUUUUGGAGGAUGGUCCUUGGAUCAUAGCUGAUCAUUAUGUGGUAGUUCAACGGUGGCGUCCAUUUUUUAAUCCUUAUGAUGAUGAGAUCAGAAAGCUGGCAGUUUGGAUUCGUAUUCCAGGACUUCCUAUUGAAUUCUAUACCUCUCAUCAUUUGUGGAAUAUAGGUAGUAUUUUUGGUCGCACAUUGAAGAUUGAUAGGAACUCUAUCAGGAAACGUGAUUCUGGUGAAGGUGAUAUUACAGAGAGAGCAAAGUUUGCUAGAAUUUGUGUCGAAGUUGAUCUUAGGAAAGGCUUUUUGUCCAAAUUCCGGAUUGCUGAUCGUAUCUUCCAUGUUGGAUAUGAGGGUCUCCACUUAGUUUGUUUUGCUUGUGGAAAGUAUGGGCAUAGAAGGGAUCAGUGUUCCCAUAGUAAUCUUCAACAAGAUAUUACAGCUUAUUCUCCUGAAGUUUCUGACUCUAUGGUUCAUAAGCAGCCGGAAAAAGAUUCUGUUCCGGCGAAGGAGGAACCGUUUGGGAAUUGGAUGCUGGUGCAGCCGUUACGUAAUAAGGCAGUUUCCAAUUCUCAUCCUAAUCACAGACAGGUCAUUCAAUCAGGUUCAAGAUUUCAAGCUAUUGCUGAGUUGGCUCAAAAGGAUAAUAAUAUCUUAAUUAUUUCUGAUUCUCCAGUGAUUGAUUCAAUCAGCAUUGAAUCUGGUCUGACACGAAUUAAUCAUGGGGAAUUAAUUGCUCAUAAUGAAGAACCGUUGGUGAAAAAGGAUAUUCAAAUGGAAACAGUUUCUCCAUCUGCUAACCUAUCCGCGGGCAAGUCGAGAAAAGAGGUCCAAAGUCAAGGAGUAAAAUUCAAAGAGAACCAAAAGAAGAAAGCAACUGCAUCAUCUGCUAAAGUUCAUCAGCUGGUCCAGAAUGCUAAUAUUAGCAAAGGCAGAUUAAAUGCUUCAAAAGGUGCAGAAUCUCAAAAGAAUAAUUUUAAACUUGAUUCUCAGAAGAAUAUGUCGGAGGAUUUCCAAGAUAGACAAAUUGUCUUGCACCCUUCUUUAUCUAAAUUCCAGAGGAAGACGUCUCAUGUGGUUAAUGAUCAGCAAGAGACUCUUCCUUCUUCUAGUGGCUUGGAUAAUGGAGGUAAACAUGGAAGACCACCAGAUGCUCUUACAGGGGCUGGGAAAAGGAGUUUUCCGCCUCUGAUUCGGGAUCUUUCUCAUAGAUACAGUAUUAAAGUUAUGGCUUUGUUAGAAACCAGAUUGAGUGGUGUUAUGGCGGAUAGAGCUAUUCGGCGUCUUGGUUUUUCUGGUCACUUUCAUCGUGAUGCUGUUGGUUUUUCUGGCGGUAUUUGGGUGCUUUGGAACACUGAUGAAGUUUCAGUGGAUGUUCUUUUUUCUCAUCACCAACUUGUCCAUACUAAAAUUUGUUGGGUAAAAGAAAAUAGAGAGGAGUUCAUGACUUUUAUUUAUGCAAGUCCGCGAAGACAGGAACGUAUUCAGCUGUGGGAAAUUCUGUCUUCACUGUUUGAUCAGUCCAUGAGGAAUGCAGCUUGGGGGAUAGCAGGUGAUUUUAACACUUAUUUGUAUGAGUAUGAGAAGCUAGGUGGUAAUGGGCAUAACUGGAAUAGCAUGAGGGAAUUUCGUGAUUGUUUAGAUGAAUGUAGCUUGUCUGACAUUGGCAAUCAAGGUCCUAUUUUCACUUGGCAAAGAAGAAAUCUUCAGGAACGUCUUGAUAGGGUUUGCGCUAAUGAUAAUUGGAACUUGGUUUUCCCUAACCGUGUGGCUUUCAACUUGCCUUUCUUUGGCUCAGAUCAUCGACCAGUGUUAUUAUGGGAAGGUCAACCUGCUAUUUAUCCGAGAGGGGAGCGUCCUUUCCGAUUGCUCUGA